AGUGCUGCAGGCGCUGAGAGGAGGGGCUCGUGACCGCCCCAGGGAAGCUGGGCGUCACCAAAGGGAGCUUGUUUGCCAGGGACACUGCAAGUAGGAAUCGUCUACAGGUCGAUGACAGGCCUGAUCUCUAUGACAGGGUCUAGACUUCCCUCAGGGUCCAGGGGCGAGCCUCAGGGUGAACUGGAAAACUCGACCACACUUUAGUGCCAGGCGGGGGAGUCAUCGAGGCAGGGCAGAUGCAGGACCAGAUGGCCGUCUGAGGUGCUGAGCAAAGCUCCUGGUUUGCGGGGAGAGAACCAUGGCCAACCUCGAGCGCACCUUCAUCGCCAUCAAGCCGGACGGCGUGCAGCGCGGCCUGGUGGGCGAGAUCAUCAAGCGCUUCGAGCAGAAGGGGUUCCGCCUCGUGGCCAUGAAGUUCCUCCGGGCCUCUGAAGAACACCUGAAGCAGCACUACGUUGACCUGAAAGACCGCCCAUUCUUCCCUGGGCUGGUGAAGUACAUGAACUCAGGGCCGGUCGUGGCCAUGGUCUGGGAGGGGCUGAACGUGGUGAAGACAGGCCGAGUGAUGCUUGGGGAGACCAAUCCAGCAGAUUCUAAGCCAGGCACCAUUCGUGGGGACUUCUGCAUUCAGGUUGGCAGGAACAUCAUUCAUGGCAGUGAUUCAGUAAAAAGUGCUGAAAAAGAAAUCAGCCUAUGGUUUAAGCCUGAAGAACUGGUUGACUACAAGUCUUGUGCUCAUGACUGGGUCUAUGAAUAAGAGGUGGACACAGCAGCAGUCUCCUUCAGCACGGCGUGGUGUGUCCCUGGACACAGCUCUUCAUUCCACUGACUUACAGGCAACAGGAUUGAUCAUUCUUUUAAAGAGCAUAUUUGCCAAUAAAGCUUUUGGAAGCUGGA